AUGACCGCCCUUAAUCCUUUGUUUGAUAUUAAUCAAUUAACUACUGAACAGCAAACAAAAUUUCAUACAGUUUAUAAUGAAUUAAAAACGAACCAUACAUCCUAUCUCCAAUAUAAACUUAAUUUACAGCUGCAGACUAAAAUGGAUAAUGAAGAAGAAGAAAAUGAAUGGAGUUAUGAAUUGCAUAGACACCUUCGUGCGAGAAAAUGGAAUAUUGCUCAUACUAUUAAAUCUAUUCGAGAUAUGAUACAAUGGCGAAUAGACAACCAUGUUGAUUCUAUUCUGGAACAUCUACCCACAUCUCUUCGAAUGGAUCACCUUCGAAGAAUCGUUCCGUCUGCUAAUCAUGGCUAUACGAAAGCUCAUCGACCAUUAUAUAUUGAGAAAUCAGGCCAAAUGCAUGUGGAUAAGAUAUUGAAUUGGUUUACAACAGAGGAACUACUCCAAUGUCAUAUCUAUUGGCUUGAAUUUAAUUGUCAACUAGCAAGACAGCGUAGUCGACAAGUGGGUAAACAUGUGGAAACUUUUGCUAUGAUUUCGGAUUUAAACGGCUGUAAGCCGGAAAUAAGAAAAGUACUUCAUCUAUUUAAACAAUUCCUCUAUAUUGAUGACACCUAUUAUCCUGAACGUCUAGGACAGAUGUUUGUUGUAAAUCCACCAUUGAUUUUUCCUGCUCUUUGGAAUUUAGUGAAACAUUGGCUUGAUCCUGUAACGAAAGCAAAAAUUAUUGUCAUUAAAAAAGGACCUGAAACAUCAACAUCAUUAUUACAAUAUAUUGACUUUGAUCAAUUGCCACAUGAAUACGGUGGAAGCUGUCCUUCGUGUCCAACUUCUCCAGGUUGUAUUCCUGUGUAUGACUGGAGUAAAGACACUGCUGAUGAUAAACGAGACGAACAAUGA